GCGCGCCCGUGGGGGAUGUGCACACGUUCGAUAGCCUCUCUUGUUGCUGAAGCCAUGGCGCGCCAAAACUGUUCUCAGUGGGUCUAAUCCUCGCACCAUGCAUGGGCUGACCAAGGAAGAGCGAGCCUCUUGCAGGGCCCCACUCAACGCGAACGUCGGAAAAUGAAAACCAAAGAAUAGCAGCAUCUCCAGGAGGAGAGCGGAAGCCCUCGGCCUGACGCUGCCUGGCGCCCCAUCCCGGAUCUUUACAACAUGCUCCAGUGGCGGCGGCGGCUCUGCUGCUUCGCCAAGAUGACCUGGAAUACCAAAAGGUCUCUCUUCCGCACCCACCUUAUCGGCCUGUUCUCCCUGGUCUUUCUUUUCGCCACGUUUCUGCUUUUCCACCACCACGAGUGGCUGCCGGGCCGGGCAGGCUUCAGGGAGAGCGCCGUGGCCUACACGGUGCGCGGCUGGCGCGCAGCGCGGGCCGAGGCCAACGCCAGCUCGGCACGCGGCGCCUGGCGGGACACGGCGCCCCAGACCCUCCGGCCUCCCGCCCUGMCCGGCGGCAACGACACCGAGCUGGCGCCCCAAGGAGUCACCGGGCUGGAGAACACGCUCGGCGCCAAYGGGAGCAUUUACAAUGAGAAAGGCACCGGGCGCCCAGCCCUGUACCAUUUUAAGUACAUCAUCAACGAGCCAGACAAGUGCCAGGAGAGGACCCCUUUCCUGAUCCUGCUCAUCGCGGCGGAGCCAGGCCAGGCGGAAGCCAGGCAGGCGAUCCGCCAAACGUGGGGCAACGAGAGCCUCACGCCCGGCGUCCGCAUCGUCCGCGUGUUCCUGCUGGGCCUGAGCACCAAGGGCAGYGACUACGUGCAGCGCAGCAUCCUGGAGGAGAGCAGGCAGCACCAUGACAUCAUCCAGCAAGAAUAUUUAGACACUUAUUACAAUUUAACUAUUAAAACACUGAUGGGAAUGAACUGGGUUGCGUCUUACUGUCCACAUGUUUCCUAUGUUAUGAAAACAGACAGUGACAUGUUUGUCAAUACGGAAUAUUUAAUACACAAGCUUCUGAAGCCAGAACUUCCUCCGAGACAGAAGUACUUCACAGGUUAUUUAAUGCGYGGUUACGCGCCCAACAGGAACAAGGACAGCAAGUGGUACAUGCCACCUGAUUUGUACCCGAGCGAACGUUAUCCUGUGUUCUGCUCGGGAACUGGUUAUGUUUUUUCAGGAGAUUUAGCAGAGAUGAUCUUUAAAGUCUCCUUAAGCAUCAGGCGUUUACAUUUGGAGGAUGUGUACGUGGGGAUCUGCCUUGCCAAGCUGCGAAUCGACCCUAUGCCUCCGCCCAACGAGUUCGUCUUCAACCACUGGCGAGUUUCUUACUCCAGCUGUAAAUACAGCCACCUAAUUACCUCCCACCAGUUCCAGCCCAGCGAACUCAUCAAAUACUGGACCCACUUGCAGCAGAACAAGCACAACGCGUGCGCCAACGCGGCCAAGGAGAAGGCCGGCAGGUACCGCCACCGCCGGCUGCACUAGGAGCGCGGCGCCCAGCGCAAGGACAGCGAACACRGAGGAGCUGCUCGGGACAGCCCUUCCUCGGCCCUCCCGUCACAUAACGGAGUGUGAAAAUUAUUUUUUUAAUUUUAAAAGUAUAGUUCUUGAAAACACUGUUACAAACCUAUGACCAAAAGGUUUGCCCAGGAAAUACAAGGAGAAAAAAAAAAGAAAAAGAUGGUAUUCAAGGAUUUUUGUGUUAAUGUGCAAUAAUAAGCAUGCACACUUUGGUGGUACAAUUGCUGAUUUAUGUGCCAAUAAAAUAUAAUUGAGCAUAUUUUCCACACUAAAAUUUUAUUUUUAAACAAUGCAUUCAUUGCUCUAGCUGUUCUCAGUCUAAUAGUUUCUUUUUAUGAUCUAAAACUGCUACAAGAAAAAUGACAAAUUAAGGAAAGGCACAAAGGGCAGAUCAGUUUUACGUUCAAAUACCACAUUAAAAUUAUUGUGUACUUCUUUAAUGUACACCACUUUCGAUAAUGUCACAUUAACAGUUACUAAGACACUACCAACAAACUCUAAAAUACUAAGACUGCGCCCUUGUACACAGCUGUGUCAGUUUUUAGAAAAGCUGCUUAUUUUGGUUAGGAAAUAGGGCUAAAUGACACCAAAUUUCAGCAGGCACCCAUUUGUAAACUGCACCUGGUGUUUAACCAGAUUCAACUAGAUUCCCUUUAAAGAGAGGACUAAAUAUUACUUAACUCUCAACAACUCAUGGGACAAGUUCCUGAAUUCURGAGCCAGGUUACACAUUCAUCUUGGCAUCUUCAUGAAAACCCACAGAAGUUGCUUUUAGUUUCCUGAACUAAUUUCUUUAAGGYAGCUCAAAGGCAGAUCAGAAAUGCAAAAUAAGCUCCGAGUCUUUUGACAGCAUCUCAGAAAUUUCCCGUUUUGCACAACGGGUGUGCAUGGGGGGAACAGACAAUCUGUCAUCUUGCCCUUUCUCUCUCCCUCCUCCUCCCUCUCUCCGGAAAAGAAGGAAGAAUCAGUCAAGUUAAAACAGGCCUAACAGAAAAUUUAGCUGAACACCUUAUUUUAUGGAUGGGGGAGGACCAGAUCACAAGACUGACAUUUCCAGAUAGCAAUAUGGCAGAAAAUAAAAUUGGAGCAGUUUUAAAAGUUGAAACCACAUGUACCACUGGAAAUAGAGAUGCAAAAAGUAGGUUAAACCUGCUUACAGGUUUCCAGAUUUCCAACAAAUAGAAGUUUUUAAAGCUUAUUUUCCAACAAAGUUACUGCAGAACUGCAUCAGAUUCAGGUUAUUAGUGUUUUUCACAGUGCCGGGUUAGCAAUGCCCACCUCUGAUUCAGCAGCAAAUCAAGGAACUCUGCUUAGGUUUGUUUGACUGAGAUUUUUUAAUUGGGGAAAAACAAAAAUAUUUGAUGUACUUCUAUGAUUUAAUAAAACUGAUUAUAUUUAUGGUCCUUCAGACUUCUCUUCUUAUGGAAAGGCUGCUCAGGAAGAAAUAAAUGGCUAUGUUAAACAUUGCCUGACUUUUCUAGCUUGCCUCCCAACUCCUACAACUUCAUUUUCAUACUAUGCACACUAUGGAGACCACAGCAUUUUUGUAGUUUAUCUUUUCUUUGUAAUACAAAGACAAAUGGUAUUUACCGAGCGCUCUUAACAGCUCCGAAGCCCUUUGUACGCAGGAGCUCAUACAUCUGAGCAGACUGUUGCACACUGGACUAAGCCUCUURAAAGAUCCUAGGAGUUCUUAUUGAAGAUAGGUAUGGGAACUUGCUCACUGUCAUUUUUUGGUGAUCCUGCACUACUCGAUUUUGUCACAUGCUGUAUUUUAGGUAUAUUAUGUCUGCGCAUUUUCAUAUACCUCAACUAGUAUAAAGGUCUGUUUCUCAGAAAAGUAAACAUGUSCAAAAAUAUCUGCAGGAGAGGGACAUCAAACUAGACUGGAAGAGCAUUCGUUUUCUUUUAGCAGUGACUACUGACAUUUGCACAACACAGAUACAAGYUGCAGUAGAAGACUUAGGAGAGUCCUUUCAAAAUCCAUUUCUAAUUUUCCUCACACUCAGAUCUGACCUUUUCCGACCAGUUGACACAGGCUGGCAUUGAUAUCUCAAGAUGAAAGCUACCUGGCUUAAGCUGACAGUAUGCACGCUUAGAAAAAAAGCAGUGCAGUUUUCAGAYAACUGCAAAGCACACUAAAAGUCAGCUACUAUUGUUAUUAUUAUUGGGAACUUGGGUGUGGGAGAUGCACAAACCCAACAGUUGCCUUCCCCACAGUGAAGGUGACCAAGAAUCCUGCUCGUCCUCUUGGCGAGGAGGCGAGCCCCGUUCCCUGCCUUGGGCACCUUCACGCUGCAAUGCAAUGCACUCCACUUGGAUUUUCUCAACUUGGGCUAGUUCAAAACACUGUUACUGGGUAUAGUCCAAGAGGCUAAUAAGUAAACUUUAAAUGUUUGGCAUUUGAAUCAUAAAGUUUGGCAGCCAAACAACCUCUAGGGUACUCCACUUUGGAGCUAAUCUGUGCGAGUUUGGCAGAAUUCUCUUGCAUGCAAAUUCAGUACACCAAACCUCUUGCUGGUUCACACACCAGCAAAGACUGCAAGAUGAAAUACAAAAAGCCAUUUUUAAUGCCUUUUAAGAGCCCACUAUAUUUUCCUCAAGAUCCGUAUUAAUGCCCGAGUGAAACCUGAAACCACUCUACAACUA